CUGUAAAAUAAAGCCGCGGUCACUCUGCUCUGUUUUUUUCUGCUUCGCGUCACGUUAAAUAUUUUCCACAGCUGAAAUCGUUUUAAAAGUUGCAUUUUAAAACGAAAAACGUGCGCACAAGUCUUUAGAUUCGCAUAAGCUUAAUAAAAAGAAAACAGCAGAAAUGGCAGAUAAUGACGAUCUUUUGGACUACGAGGAUGAGGAGCAGACUGAGACCACUGCGGUUGAGAACCAGGAGGCACCCAAAAAGGACGUUAAGGGUACCUACGUGUCCAUUCACAGUUCCGGAUUCCGCGAUUUCCUCCUGAAGCCAGAGAUCCUUCGAGCGAUCGUCGACUGCGGUUUUGAACAUCCUUCAGAGGUUCAGCAUGAGUGCAUUCCGCAGGCCGUUUUGGGCAUGGACAUUCUUUGUCAGGCCAAAUCCGGUAUGGGCAAGACCGCUGUCUUCGUCCUGGCCACUCUUCAGCAGCUGGAGCCCUCGGACAACAACACCUGCCACGUUCUGGUCAUGUGCCACACUCGCGAGCUGGCCUUCCAGAUCAGCAAGGAGUAUGAGCGCUUCUCCAAAUACAUGCCCACAGUCAAGGUGGCUGUGUUCUUUGGUGGACUGGCCAUUCAAAAGGACGAGGAGACCCUCAAAAGCGGAACUCCUCACAUUGUGGUCGGCACUCCUGGUCGAAUUCUGGCUUUGAUUCGCAACAAGAAACUCAACCUGAAGCAUUUGAAGCACUUUGUUCUGGACGAGUGCGACAAGAUGCUGGAGCAGCUGGAUAUGCGUCGUGACGUUCAAGAGAUUUUCCGUAGCACACCGCACGGCAAACAAGUGAUGAUGUUCUCUGCCACAUUGAGCAAAGACAUUCGUCCCGUUUGCAAAAAGUUCAUGCAAGAUCCCAUGGAAGUCUACGUCGACGAUGAGGCCAAGCUGACGCUGCACGGAUUGCAGCAGCACUACGUCAAUCUGAAGGAGAACGAGAAGAACAAGAAGCUGUUCGAAUUGCUCGACGUGCUGGAGUUCAACCAAGUUGUAAUCUUUGUGAAGUCUGUACAGCGUUGCGUGGCCCUGUCUCAGCUGCUGACGGAGCAAAACUUCCCCGCCAUCGGCAUCCACCGUGGAAUGACCCAGGAGGAGCGUCUGAACCGCUAUCAGCAGUUCAAGGACUUCCAGAAGCGCAUUUUGGUGGCCACCAACCUCUUUGGUCGCGGCAUGGACAUUGAGCGCGUGAACAUUGUGUUCAACUACGACAUGCCCGAGGAUUCCGACACCUACUUGCAUCGCGUGGCCCGUGCUGGACGUUUCGGUACCAAGGGAUUGGCCAUCACCUUUGUUUCGGACGAGAACGAUGCGAAGAUACUUAACGAAGUACAGGAUCGUUUCGAUGUGAACAUCAGCGAGCUGCCCGAGGAGAUUGACCUGUCCACAUAUAUUGAGGGACGUUAGAACUCAAACACGCUUGGUCUCCAGAACUAAACAUAACUGCGUUAGACUAAAAAGCAGUUGGAAUAGCUACAAACUAACAUCUUUUAUAAAACUCUACUUUAAAACUAAAUAAAAAAAUAUUCAGACAAUGUUUUGACGUACGAAAAUGAA